AAACGCGAGCUUUUGGACCGGUGAGCCUAUCUUAGCGUCUCCAGAUCCGUCAGCGUCAGAGGAAAUACUUUGCGAUCGAUAGAACAGCGUCCAUCGCGUGCAUAUUUUCUGAGUCACCGUAUAGCAUUUUUACUAACCCUUGCUUGUCACGCCCUGAGCUGAUCCCAGCCUGCCUCAAGGUAUUCUUCUUGGCCGUGACUCGAUUCUGGAUUCAAUUAGUACUCUCGUUCUGCUAGGCAAAUAUAUCAACAACCUGUAAUACAACGCCGAGUCACCUUCGUCCAAGCGCCAGUUCCUGCGCCGUGAAAUAGUAUAACACAUUCCCAAUACAAACACCACCACCCCAUUCCCAAUGCCUCCACCAAUGGACACAGAAACCUUCCUCAGCGCCUCCUACGCGCGCAUCCGCGCCGCCGCCUCCGUCCCCCCGGGUUCUUCUCCCGCACGCACCCUCCCCACACCCUCCGCCCUUUCCCAAGCCCGUUCCAGCCUCCCGUCCCCCUCCGAUCCCACUACCACCGCAGCCUUCCUCUCCGGCCGCGGCCCCGAAGCUACCAUCACGCACCUGACCGCCGACAUCGCGCCCGCGCUCGCCGGCCACAACCGCAGCGGCCGGUACUACGGGUUCGUCACGGGGUCCUCGCUGCCCGUCGCCGAGGCCGCGGACAACCUGGUCUCAGCCCUGGACAACAGCCUGCAGGUGCACCUGCCGGCGCAGAGCGUGGCGACGGAGGUCGAGGACGCCACGCUGAGGCUGCUGCUGCGGGUGUUGGGUCUGGGGGAGGAGGAGGAGGAGGGGGGGGGGAGGAGUAGUAGCUGGGGCGGGCGGACGUUUACGACUGGCGCUACGGCGAGCAAUGUCCUGGGGCUGGCUUGCGGGCGCGAAGCUGUGAUUGCCGCACGCCUGGGCCCGGGAAGUGCGGACGGAGAAGGAGGGGGAGAGGGAGGGGUAGGCGAAUUAGGUCUCCUCGGCGCGUGUGCGGCCGCGGGCGUGAGGGAGAUCCAGGUCCUGACGAGCAUGGGCCACAGCUCGCUGGCGAAAGCGGCGUCGAUCGUGGGUUUAGGACGGCGCGCGGUCAAGGAGCUGCGGCACAACGAGGCGGAGCCCUGGAGGUUGGACCUGGAUGCUGUGGAGCGGGAGCUGCGGCGCGAAGGGGUGGCUAGUAUUAUUGCUGUUAGCGCUGGGGAGGUUAAUACGGGGAGGUUCGCGACGACUGGGUUGGAGGAGAUGCGGAGGUUGCGAGAAUUGGCUGAUAAGUAUAAGGUUUGGAUACAUGUUGAUGGCGCAUUCGGCAUAUUCGCCCGCUCUCUCCCGGCGACAAGCGAGUUUGCGCGGCUCCGGGAGUUUACGGCUGGUCUCGAGCUCGCGGAUAGCAUCACCGUGGACGGGCACAAGCUUCUGAACGUGCCCUACGAUACCGGCAUAUUCUUCACCCGAACCUCCACCAUCCCACAAGCCGUCUUCCAGAACCCCAACGCGGUAUACCUCUCCACCCCGUCCACCCCUUCUUCCGGCCCCGCCAUCCCCAGCCCGCUAAACAUCGGGCUCGAGAACUCGCGGCGCUUCCGCGCGCUCCCAGUGUACGCGGUCCUGCUGAGCGAGGGCGCAGCCGGGAUCGCGGAGAUGCUGGCGCGCAUGGUGCGGCUGGCUCGCGGGAUCGCGGGGGCUAUAGCGCGGGACGAGGAGCUGAGACACGAUUACGAAUUACUGCCUAAGCAGACGCAGGCGGGAGAGGAAGAAGAGAGCAAUACGCAUAUCAUUGUGUUGUUCCGCGCGCGGGACGAGGGGCUCAACGAGAAGCUGGUCGAGAAGAUACAGGCGUCGGGGGAGUGGUACGUCAGCGGCACGAAAUGGGAGGGACGGACGGCGUGUCGGAUCGCGGUGUCGAGUUGGCGGGUUAAUGUCGACGAGGACUUGGCGUUUGUGAAGGGGAGACUGGCUGCGAUAGCUAAGGAGUGGAAGGAAGGGGGGUGGUAACAUGAUAGGUAUUUCCCUGAAAUGAAUAGUACUGGUUGAGUUGAGUUAUAUGGGCUUGGGCACUAAAAAAUAAAUAAAAGAUGCCGUUGGUAACGAUAGAAUACCUGGUAUG